CUUCAAGUGAUUCAGUCGCUCCGAGUGCUUUCUCUGCGCUUUCACAAGUGCGACCUCUCUCUCUCUCGCCCUCUCGUUUAAUCACCUCAAGCAACAUCGUCUCCUUCAAACUCUCCGCUUGCCCUUUCCAACGCAACCAUGGCGGAUCCGUCUUUGAAGCGGAAACGUAUGCCGGUGGGAUACAGAUUCCGUCCGACCGAGCAAGAGCUCGUCGCCUACUACCUUCACCACAGAUUGAAGAUUGAUAAUCCAUCCAUUUACGCCGCCAUCCCCGAGAUUGACGUUUGCAAGUUCGAACCCUGGGAUUUAUUAGCUUGGGCUUCAGCGACGUCGGUGACCGAGUUCGAUGACUCGGAAUGCUAUUUCUUCACCCGUUGCGAUUAUAAGUACUCUAAAAGUACUCGGUUUAACAGGACAACGUCGGCUGGCUUCUGGAAAGUCACCGGCAAAGACAGAAAUAUUUGUGAUCGAGACACCAACAAUGUCAUUGGGAUAAAAAGGAUUUUAGUUUUUCAUGAAGGACGUUUUUCUCAUAAAAUAAAGAGCAAUUGGGUCAUUCAUGAAUAUCAUAAUAUUAUGCUUCCAUCCAAUCAGAGAACUCAUGUUCUUUGUAGAUUGGAGAAGAAACAUGAGAAAAAAAUAAAAGAAAAAAAUAGUCAAAUGAAGGAUACCGGUUUGAGGAUUCAAAUUUCUUCCCAAACACCUUCCCAAUCAAAUAAAACUACAGACACAAUUCAAACACCUUCUCAAUCAAACGAAACUAUAAACAUAACAAUUCAAACACCUUCCCAAUCAAAAGAAGUUGCAGACAAAGUGAUUCAAACACCUUCCCAAUCAAACGAAACUACAAUUAUAGCAACUCAAACACCUUUCCAAUCAAAUGAAGUUACAGACAUAGCAAUUCAAACACCUUCUCAAUCAAAUGAAGCUACUGACAUUCUGUUGAUACAAAUACCUUCUCAAUUAAUUGAAGCUACAGACACAUCAAUUGAUGUAUCUUUUCAAUUCAAUGAAGAUACAGGCAUGAUUCAUACACCGUUUCAGUCAAGUGAAGUUAUAGCAAUGGCAUCUUUUCAAGCAAAUGAAAUUACAGAUCCUAUGGAUCAAUUGUCACCAGAGCUACGGUCAAUUAUUGAAACAUCAAUUGACUCGGAAGGGCUAAGAUCAAUCUUUGGAAUUCCGAUUAACUUGGAAGAAUCUGCAUGUAGCUUUCACUGACACCAUUGGCCAAGCAUGUAUGAGUGAAGGGUUAUUGAAACUCAUGGCAACGGCUGGUGUGAAUCGCCAUGAAGGAAGAAAACCACGUGUUUAAAGAAUAGUAUUGUACUGUAUUUUUUUUUUAAUCUGAAUUAGUUUUUUAAAUUCUAAUGAUUUACAGAAAAAAUAUCAUGUACUUUGUUCAGUUCUAAAUUUAAGUUAUUUAACUUGUAGGCAAACGGAUUAGGUAUAUGAGUAUUAUUUUUACAUUAAUGCAA